GAGAGUAAUUAGUGCUGCUCGCUGUCGUGGCGUCCCGACCCGCAGUAACAGAAAAGACAACCCUUCCUUCAAUUGUAAUCGGAACGACAAUUCAAGUGAGGUCAACCACCCACAAACUAUGGAUAACACCAAUGAAGCUAGAAUCCAAGCCAUCCGUCCUCACAGUGUCCGGCAACCCAUCAGCUGUGAGCCGUGUCGUCGACGCAAAAUCAAAUGCUCACGCACCCGCGUUCCCUGUGAGACAUGUCGUCGAAGGGGAUGUGCAAGCAGCUGUUUUUACAAAGGAGCUUCUAGACCGCGUUGCUAGUCUGGAGAUGCAGCUGGAGAAAUAUACUGGAGCUAAUAUUGAUGCGAAUUCAAAUGUGACCGGGAAGCAGAAAGAAGAUAGGGAUGUGCGUAAUGCUAUACUCUCACCUCCCGCAGAACCUACAGCUGCAAUUUCCCCAUACAACGCGAUGCCCGAAUCGACGUCUUCAUCCUCGACGAGCCCCCCGCCGCGACAUUCGCCCCCCCUUCCGCGAAACACGGGCAUCUUAACUACCCUCCCUAACGGGAAUGUACAUUACUCGCCCCGAAUCUCGCAAUGGAACUCUGUACUCGUGGAUACCGAUCUCGAAGUUGAAGUGCCUUCCUUGGAUGAGAUAGAGAAUUCCUUUCCAAUUGACAGUGGAUUUCCAUUCUCCGCAUCCUCGGUCUCGAUCGAUGGGUUGCUUUCAAUGUUGCCACCUACGCGCCAGUGCACGUAUUUGAAGGAUAUGUACUUUUCGGUGUUGUCUCCUUUAUUCCACAUACUACAUGACCCAACAUUCCACUCCCAGUACCAGCAAUUUAUAGAGGAUCCAGCCUUGACGUCGCCGUCCUGGCUAGCAAUUCUGUUUGUUUUACUGGCUUUGGCUGUGACGACUCUGGAUGAGAAUGAUCCUAUCUUGCGCGACUUGGGACGGGGCACAGAUUCUUACGCGAAUAUAAGAGUGCUGGGGAAGCGGUAUCGAGAGGGGGCGAUGCAGUGUUUGGGGAAGCAGGGCGUGUUCUGGGGGCAUCACAAUGUACAGUCACUUCAGGCGUUAAUUUUGCUGAUCUAUGCGAUGAACCAUAACCAAGAUCCAACUUGGACUAUUUUAGGCACUACGUAUCAUGUAGCAAUUGCCCUGGGCUGCCACAUUGAUCCUUCAAUUCUUCAUCUCGACCCCAUCCAAAGCGAAGAGCGUCGUCGCUGUUGGGCUGGACUGAGGAUGCUCUAUACCAUCCAAACUACCGCCCUCGGAAACACCGAAUCCUUUUGGACGUGCAAAAACACCGUCCGUCUCCCCGCCGACGUAAACGACACCGAAAUCACCCUCACUGAUAUCCAAACCCCUCUCCCUGGCCCAACCCAAAUGUCGUAUUUACUCUUCAAAUUUCAGCUGUAUGAUCUCGCUAGCGCUAUUUGUAGAGAAACAUUCACUUCCUCCAUACCCAGCGAGCGCACCAUCAAAGACCUCGAUACACAAAUUUGUGACGUGCAAGAACUCUGGGACAAGCGAUACGCGUUGCAUUCGGCACGAGGACCGCUCCCAACACACCACGUCGUACAUCUGCAUAUCCUGUACGGGUAUUCGCACCAGCUAUUUCUGUUGCUGCACCGACCUUUUUUCGCACAAUCUCUGCUGGGCCUUAACCUAGAUGUUCCCAACGACUCGCAGAUUCGGUGUCUAGCAAGCGCUGAGGCCCUCCUGGAUAUUCACCGCACACUGGUAGAGACUCCCGCAAAUAGACCGUAUAUGUGGUACACACGGGGUCUGGGAAGCUUCCAUGCAUUUCAUGCGGCGGUGGUACUGGCGGUAGCGCUGUUGAUGCCGGUUUAUAAAGCGCAAUAUGAGAGAUUUAGGGAGAUGCUGGAGGGAGCGUUGGCGAGGUUUGAGGGAAUGGGGGCGAGGAGUCGUGUGUGUAAGAGGGGAGCGAGGAUUUUGAAGCACUUGCUGGCAAUGCCGUCUCCAAAUCGAACACCGAUGGAGGCAGUUCGGGAGCAGGAGUGGGAUUCAAACCGCUUGAAAGGUUUUGCGACGAAGCUGCAGGCUGAACAGUGGUUAGGGCCGGACAGUAUGGAUUGGAAUGGAUGGGGUGACCUUAUGACAGAUGUAAUGGUGGACUAAAGGUUAUGCUUGUAGCACUAUAUGAAUUUGAACUGAGAACAAGCCAAGUACUAUGAUCAGAGAGACGACUACGACUUGCGCUUUUGGGAAACAAAGAUGCCAUCUGGAUUCUCGGACCGAAUUUCAAUCUGGAAAGAGAAGUUGGGGGCAAGAAGAGAAAAUUAGAACAAGCCUGGAUGAUGAAUUGACGUUUCAUCAUUAUCGAUACGUUAAGGUCCGCAAUACUUAAAUCCAUUUCAGUUCUGAGUAAAAUGGUACUGGAUUUGAAAUUUACAUCCGUGAUGGCGCAGGGCGGCGAGAACGGGAAUACCCCAGGAAAGUACUUGGGAUUGGACACCCUUAGUAGAAUGAAUAGAAUAAGUAUUCUUUGUCUUUUCUUUUAGGGGGGUGCUCCUCCAAGCCGCCAGACUCAAUUCCUUCGAAUGCACGGGAUCUCCUAGAUGUUUUUCCCUUUUUUGUCUACACAGCUACUCGAUCUAUUGUUUAGCACACACCCUAUUACAGUUACUCGUUCACUUCCAAAUCUGGAAUCGACUUUUUCAUCCUAGGAAACUGCCGUUUGGGUCGAAAAACUUUCUGAAUUAAUGAGCCCUUUAAAUAGCUGUCCAUUCAAGUUUUCUACUCGAGAUAUAGCUGAAUGUUGUAAGGCUAGGGGAGGCAGUAGUAGAUUUAAGAAAUUGUAUAACAGCCUGUAAACUAUUACUCUUAUUCUUCUAAAAUAAGUUUAUAUCUAGAUAGCACAACUCCCAGCGGAAAAUUUAACAUAACGAGAAUACAUGCUUCUUCA